UUCAUAACGUGUAGUGAAUCUGUAUUGGAGAAAACUGAGUCUGUUUGGCAUCACGGUAAACGCGCAGCCAGAUAGUAAAUACGGUGCAGAAUCAUCAACAAUGUCAGAAAACACUUGGGCAGCAGAUUCCGGGGCCGGUGAGGUUGCUCAAAGUGCAGGAGUUCGUAAAUUAUCUGAGCUGAGAGUGAUCGAUCUGAAGGCCGAGCUAAAGAAGAGAAACCUGGACAUCGGCGGUAACAAGAGCCAGCUGUCCGAGCGACUCAAAAAGGCCAUUGAGGAGGAAGGAGGAAAUCCUGAUGAAAUAGUGGUACAGCUUGAGAUAACUCCUAAGAAAACACCUCGCAGAACUCCUAAAGGAAAGAAAACAGAGACAGAUGAGUUGGAGGAAGGCACAGUUGAAGAUGAAUCUGUCGAUGGCCAGGAGGCUUAUGCACAGGCAGAAAACGUUCAUGACAUGGACAUGAUGGACAUGAACGUUUUGGACGAAGCUGACGUAGAUAACGGUGCUGGCUCUGAUCAAUACGAUGAGGAUGAACUUCUAAAGGACAGUUACACAGAUUGCACAGCAGAGUCCAAGCUAGAAGAGGAGCUUGAACCCAGAGACGAAUCCGAAAGCAUGGAAGGAGGAACAGAAAGUGAGAAAGUAGCCGGGUCUUGUAAAUCAGAGCCACUUAAGGAGGAGCCGGAAGAGGAAGACAAUGUGUCCGACCUCGCUAAAGCCGAGGACGCCGACAAUAUGGAGGUGGACAAUAAUGCCUCGAAGCAAAGCAAAGUCCAUCCGCCAUGUGGGGACCAACAAGGCGUAAAGGACAAUUUCUCCGAUGCCGAGAGCGCGUCAGCUCAGGCUAAUGUCACGGAAAUUGAAAACGCCGACUCGGGAUCCGCACCGAAGACCGGAGAGACAGAUGAAGACAAGAAGAGCGAUGAGAGCGCUUCUGAAGCGAAAGAGUCCUCUGUAGAGGGUGGUGAUCAGAAAAAGAGUGAUGAGAAAUCAAGCAAAGCUGAAGCAAAAGAUGACAAAGGUGCUGCGACCAGCAGUGGAAGGAGUCUGUGGGUCAGCGGCCUUGCUUCAACCACUAAAGCGACUGAUCUAAAGACUCUCUUCAGCAAAUACGGCAAGGUGGUCGGCGCUAAGGUGGUAACGAACGCCCGCAGCCCGGGAGCUCGUUGCUAUGGAUUUGUUACGAUGUCUUCAGCGGAGGAGACCACCGAGUGCAUCAACCACCUUCACCGUACCGAGCUGCAUGGACGGAUGAUCUCUGUAGAACGGGCAAAAAAUGAUCCUGCUGGGAAAAAGCCUGCAGACACAAAGUCCGGCGCUGACAGGAGGCACUCUACUGACAAGGAUGGAAAAGCAGAAGACUCGGACGACAAAGGUGCAGAGAGGACCGUCAGAAUGGACAAAUCUAAAGGCGAGCCGGUCAUCAGCGUGAAAGCCAGGAGCAAAGAGCGGGACCGCAGAUCUUCUAGCAAAGACUCGAAGGACAUCCUGUCAUUCGAUCAGAUCAAAGCCCAGCGGGAGCGUGAGAGGCAGAGGCAGCGAGAGAGGGAGAUCAGAGAGGUGGAGAGACGCAGGCAUUCUGGCGAUAACGAUAGCCACAGCGAGCGGGAGCGUAUCCGCCUGUUCCGUGAGCGAGAGGAGCGCGAGAGGUUGCAGCGCAAAAGAAAAUGGGUGGAGUUAGAGAGGCGGCGGCUGGACGACGAUCGGAAGGAGCACGAGUUCCUGGAACGCGAGCGCAUGCGUCUGGAGUACGAGCGCAAGCGCGAGCAGGAGCGGAUCCAGCGCGAACGCGAGGAUCUGCGCAUAGAGCAGGAACGGCUCUGCUUAGAACGCGAGCACCGCAAGAGGCCCUUCGACAUGGACUCCAGAAAAGACGGCUGGCCGGCUAAGAGGAUGUCCAUGGACGAUCGCUUCGGACGGCAGGACCGCUUCCAAGACUUUGACCAUCGAGACCGUAACCGCUUCCAGGACAACAUGUUCAUGGACAGGAGGAACAGUCCGAGAGGAGGCAUGUCUGGAGACCGAAACGGACAGCAUUUCUCUGACCGGGACAGACAUGGCAAAGACUCUCGGGAUAACUGGGGUGGUGGUGGUGGUGGUGGUGGUGGCAGUGGUGUUGGUGGUUUUGAUAAGCGCCCCAUGAAUGGACCUCGGCCCGGAUCUGGCAGGGGCGUCCGAGACUGGGACCCUGAACGUAAGAUGGAUGGAGACAGACCCUGGCAGGGUCCAGGCCAGGGUAACAUGGGUAGAGGAGGAAUGAGCAGUCGUGGUGGAUUCAUGCAGUCGGGACCUUCUCAGCAAACAUCCGGAAACCUAAACCGACCGAGCCAGAUGAUGCAGGGUGGUGGCGGUGGCGGCGGCAGCGGCGGCGGCAGUGGCAUACAGGGUGGCGGAGCCUUCAACCGUCGCUACUGACCCACAGUCCCUUCAUAAGUCUCGUUUUGUACUGAAUCAUUGGCAGCGUGUAUAUAGCUUCUGAUGCUUUGUAAAUGUGUUCUUUUUUUUAAGAUAAAAAGACAAACAUACGGUUUUAUGUUUUGACUUUGUUCAGAUUGGUUACAGAUCGACACCCCCCCCCCCCCCCCCCCGCCCCCCCCGUUUUAAUACGUCGUCUCUCGGUAAGCGCUCAGGAACGUUAAACGCUGAUCGUUUGAGGAUCUAGAAAACACGCCAGUUUUCGUCAGGGAUUUGUUUUAUUUGCCUGAUUUUUGUUUCCCUGGAUCAUGUUGAUCUAACAGGUUCCUGUAACAUGAGUGUCCAUCCGUUUUGGUAGUCAAGCACGUUUGUGGUGUUGGCCAGCAGGUGGCGCAGUCACAUUAGUCUUAUUUCCUAACUGCAGCAGCUUUUUUAUCAUUUUUUCUUUCAUUUUUAUUAAACCAACUUAAAUCUGUAAAAAGUGCAUGAGGAACAUUUUUCACACUGUAUGUUUGGAUGAUGAGUGAAUAAACGUUUCAUUAAAUAC